AUGCCCGAGUUUCAGCACCCAACUGAUAUGAAUCAGGUUACUGUUAUCAUGCAACAGUUACAACAACAACUUGCCUCACUCUCUGAACGUGUUAAUCAACAUGAUGGUAUUUUGGCUCGUCUCGAUGCUUUGGAAAAGGAAAACCAAGCCUUGAAAAAAAUUUUACACGACAAGGAUCUGGUCAUUGAAAAAUUGCAAGCCACGUCACAGGAUUCUGUUACAAGCACCCCCAUCAAGGGGGCAUCUGGAUCCACCACCUCUGCUACUGCCACCACUGAUUCUGGUACUAUUAGCUAUUCUACUAUAGCUAAGAAGGCUGCACAUCGCCCUGAUCCAACUAAAGCUACUAAGAGAAAGUUGGCUGCCGGUCGUCUCUUCAAAACGUCUGCUACUAAGGGUCCCCAAGGAUAUCAAUAUGUAUAUAUUGGUAGAUCUGGUAAGAUCUUACGCUCUGAAAUUCGACGCACUCUCAAGGCCAUUGGGGUGGAUACUUCUCGUAUCCUCGACAUCAACUUCCCUGCCUCCGAAGCUAUUGGUAUUCUCUUGCAUACCCAAUAUGUUGCUGAAUUCUUGGCUCUGCUCCGUGCAAGUGAAUCGGAAAUAUUGGAGGAUUUUGACCCGUUGAAUCCUGCUAAUAUUGCCGACCCAAAGUACGAUGCCUACUCUGAACACGAUCGAAUGGAUCUUAUUGCUGAGAUGGUCAAUGCUCGCAGCGUAGAUGCUCUGUCCCAUAUCCGCCCACUUAAUGUGAGUAGUGUUGGCCGUUGGUUCCUGGAUCUUGGAUGGAUAGGUCAAGCCGAACUGGACGAGGCUGUUGCUGGUGCUAUGGACCGACUAAAGGAAAAAGACCCUAAAAAGGCUGCUUUCUUGUUCAAGCGUCGCCGUGAUACUUCUACUGAUUCUGAAAUGGAGAUCUAA